UUAUUUAUUAUAAAGAAACAAAAGAAAAGAAGAGGAAAAGAGAAAAAUCCGAAAAGAAUUACAGAUCCUUGAAAAAUGGAAGAGAGAAACAGUUAGAUUCAUCCAAUCAAACACCCAGAAAAUCAUUUCAGAGAUCUUGCAGAAAUGAAGAAACAUCAUCCUUCAUCAUCAUCUUCAACCAAGCCUGCACAUACAGUUCUUCCAUAUCAAACCUCAAGACUCAGGGACCAUUACCACAUUGGCAAGAAACUAGGCCAAGGUCAAUUUGGCACUACAUAUCUAUGUAUCAACAAGGCUACAAGCAAGCAAUAUGCUUGCAAAUCAAUCCCAAAAAGAAAGCUUCUUUGCAAAGAAGACUAUGAGGAUGUAUGGAGAGAGAUCCAGAUCAUGCACCAUCUUUCUGAGCACCCACAUGUGGUGCAAAUCAAGGGGACCUAUGAGGAUUCCAUGUUUGUGCACUUGGUCAUGGAGUUGUGUGCAGGUGGUGAGCUUUUUGAUAGGAUUGUGGCAAAGGGUCAUUACAGUGAGAAGGAGGCUGCUAAAUUGAUCAAAACUAUUGUUGGGGUGGUCGAGGCUUGCCAUUCUUUGGGGGUUAUGCAUAGGGAUCUUAAGCCUGAGAAUUUCUUGUUCGAUACUCCUGGUGAUGAUGCCAAGCUUAGGGCUACAGAUUUUGGGCUUUCUGUUUUUUAUAAGCCAGGUCAAUAUUUCUCUGAUGUAGUUGGGAGUCCAUAUUAUGUUGCACCUGAGGUUUUGCUCAAGCUUUAUGGACCUGAAGUAGAUGUUUGGAGUGCAGGUGUUAUUCUUUACAUCUUGUUAAGUGGAGUUCCACCUUUCUGGGCAGAAACUGAAUCAGGAAUUUUCAGGCAGAUUUUAAAAGGCAAAAUAGAUUUUGAGAGUGAACCAUGGCCUAAUAUCUCAGAAAAUGCAAAAGAUUUGAUACGAAAGAUGCUUGAGAGGGACCCAAGGAGGAGGAUUUCUGCUCAUGAAGUCUUAUGUAAUCCCUGGAUUGUGGAUGACAGAGUUGCGCCUGACAAACCUCUGGAUUCUGCAGUGUUGACACGACUGAAGAAAUUCUCAGCAAUGCAUAAACUUAAAAAGAUGGCUUUGCGUGUCAUAGCAGAAAGACUUUCUGAAGAAGAAAUUGGUGGCUUGAAAGAGUUGUUUAAAAUGAUUGAUACAGAUAAUAGUGGGACAAUAACGUUUGAGGAACUUAAAGUGGGUUUGAAGAGAGUGGGUUCUGAAUUGACGGAAUGUGAAAUCAAGGAUCUAAUGGAAGCGGCUGAUAUUGACAACAGUGGAACAAUAGAUUACGGAGAAUUUCUUGCUGCUACUUUGCACUUAAAUAAGAUGGAGAGGGAAGAGAAUUUAGUUGCAGCCUUUGCCUAUUUUGACAAGGAUGGUAGCGGCUACAUCACAGUUGAUGAGCUUCAACAGGCUUGCAAAGACUUUGGUUUAGAUGAUGUCCAGCUGGAUGAAAUGGUCAAAGAAAUUGAUCAGGACAAUGAUGGACGAAUAGAUUAUGCAGAGUUCACUACAAUGAUGAGAAAGGAAGAUGAAGAAAUAGGAAGGAGCAGAACAAUGAGAAGCAAUCUAAACUUCAAUCUAGCUGAUGCCUUGGGAGUCAAUGAGCCGACCCCGUCUGCUAACUGAAGGCGUUCUUUUGUAUAUUUAAGCGAAAUGCAGCAAUGACGAAAAGAAUGCUACAGCUAAGUUAAAGCUAUCUUCUGCUGAAUAGGAAUGAUUCUAUUAUUCUUAGUUUUGAUAAUGAAGUUCUAUAAAAGCUGAUUUAUGCUCUUAUUAGAGUUCAACAAUAACAUCUUACCAACCCCAGAUUUCGGACAGUAACGAUUCAUCUAUGAUAUAUACCUUGAGGUUUAACUGCAGAGAUGAAUAUGUGACUAUGACAGAAGCAGCAAGUUCAAUGAAGUAAAUUAAGUGUAGAUGCUAACGUUGUCGAUUUUCUAGCAAUGGGGCCAUGGUAUUCUUGUAGGUUUAGUGCUUUGAAAUGAAUGGUCAUUGUCAAAUUUUGUUCAUAAUAAAUAGCUUGUGUUAUACAGUGUUAUAUAUUAUAUAUAUUUUGAAUUGGGUAUUA